GCCUCACAGCGUUCGCAAGGCUUUUCGGACUUUCCAUCUGCCUGCGCGCCGGCAUCCUUCGCUCGGUCUGGAGGAGAAGUCAUUGACGAGAGCUACCGCAAGGCCGGCAAAUUGGAUGUUGGUGAAUUUUUGACUUCUUUCUGCCCUUAUCAGGCGGGCAUUGUUGCCACGAUUGAACAGCUUUUCGCCCCACAAACGAAGCAGACGACGCACGCACGAAGCAUCAAGGCCGAGCUCUACAAGCUGAAUGUCUACAGUGCACCCAGCGGCAAGUUCAAAGCUCAUGUGGACACUCCACGUAGCGAAACCCAGCUUGGUAGCCUCGUAGUAUCCCUUCCCGUCGACCACGAGGGAGGGCAGCUCGUUGUGCGUCACGUAGGCAAAGAAGUCGUCUUUGACUGCGACUGUGAGCACGAGGUGCUCGAAGUCUCCCAAGGUCACCGCGUGACUCUCACGUACAAUCUUUAC